UGCGGAGGGACGCUUGCUACUAACCACUGUGGAAAUCCCUGCUCUCGAGCACGUACUCACACACACACACACACGCACAUACACGCACACACACACAUGCACACACACACACGCACACACACACACACACACACACACACACACACACCAAAGCUGGCUUGAAGUGAAUCACCCCAAGCCCUCAGCAUCUGUGCAUCAUCUCUCUCUUUUCCUCUUUUCUCUCCUUCCAUUGGCGCCGACCAGCUCCGCAGUUUUGACUCAUUCACUUCUCCGCUUGCAUCCCUCCUACAGCUGAAGCACACAAGUUGGCAUCAUGGCAUCCAACCUGCCCCCAGGGAUGGGCAAAAGCAUGCCCCUCUCCCCCUUCAGGAAGCGGGGAAGCCUGCAGCACACGGCCAGUACAGCUGACUUUGGUGCUUCCCGCCACCUCCUCACUCCCCAGCAUUCCCUACCUGGGAUCCCCGUGGCCCUGAAACAGUCCAUUGACCUGCGAACAUCCAUGGACGGGAAGUACAAGGAGAUUGCUGAGGUCGGUGCUGAAGGACCUCCUUGUCAUCCAUGGCUUCAUCGUCUCCUGACAGAGAGUGAGAUGCGCAGCGCUCCUUACGAAUUCCCAGAGGACAGCCCCAUUGAAAAGCUGGAGGAGAGACGCCAACGUCUGGAGAGACAGAUUAGCCAGGAUGUCAAGUACGAACCAGACAUCUUGCUGCGGGCCAAGCAGGAGUUGAUGAAAGCCGACAGCGCCGCUGAUCUCCAAUCCAUGAAGGAGCAAAGCCAAGCGCCAGAUCUCCUGGAGAGAGAGGUUCUCCCAGAGAGAGAGUACCAGCGGGUCACCAUCUCUGGAGAGGAGAAAUGCGGAGUAAGACUCAUUCGGCUGCAGCAUCCAUCUCCACUUAUUGUUCGCUGCUCUCUCCUCCUCCAUCCCAUCCAGGUCCCAUUCACGGACCUGCUGGACGCGGCCAAGUGUGUGGUGAAGGCGCUCUUCAUAAGACAGAAGUACAUGGGCCUGUCCCUGCAGAGCUUUUGCAGGACCACGGCUCGAUACCUGCAGGAGCUCAGCGAGAGACCCCUCGACCUGAACUUCUACGAGCAGGACAUCCAAGAGGGGGCGGAGACCGCUUUCACGGCCGACACCACGGUGCACCCACCUGUUGCUGAAAGCCACCCCUAUAAGACCCGGGACCCGGCCGGCAUGCCCCCCGACAUGGGCUACGGCUGCAAGAUGGUGGACGGCGUCGUGCACGUUUACGGGUCAAGAGCCACGAUGGACAAGAAUACGGAGCUGGACCUUCCCUACCCGGACCUGCAGGAGUACAUCGCUGACAUGAACGUCAUGAUGGCUCUCAUCAUCAACGGACCAGUGAAGUCCUUCUGCUACCGGCGCCUGCAGUACCUCAGCUCCAAGUUCCAGAUGCACAUCCUACUGAACGAGAUGAAAGAGCUGGCAGCACAGAAGAAAGUCCCGCACCGAGACUUCUACAACAUCCGCAAGGUGGACACUCAUAUCCACGCCUCCUCUUGCAUGAACCAAAAGCACCUCCUGCGCUUCAUCAAAAGAGCCAUGAAGAAGUACCCUCAGGAGAUCGUGCAUGUGGAGAGAGGCAAGGGCCAGACGCUCAUGGAGGUGUUUGAGACCAUGAACCUGACGGCCUUUGACCUCAGUGUGGACACCUUGGACAUGCACGCCGAUCGCAACACUUUCCAUCGCUUCGACAAGUUCAACGCCAAAUACAAUCCCAUUGGAGAAUCCAUCCUGAGGGAGAUCUUCAUCAAAACCGACAAUCACGUGGAGGGGAAAUACUUUGGUCACAUCGUUAAGGAGGUGAUGGCUGACCUGGAGGAGAGCAAGUACCAGAACGUGGAGCUCAGGUUGUCCAUCUAUGGCCGCUCCAGGAACGAGUGGGACAAACUGGCCAAGUGGGCCGUGGAGCACCAAGUCUACUCCAACAACGUGCGCUGGCUGGUCCAGGUCCCGAGGCUUUUUGACGUGUACCACACCAAGAAGCAGCUGUCCAACUUCCAGGAAAUGCUGGAGAACAUCUUCCUGCCUCUGUUUGAAGUCACGGUCCAUCCCGGCUGCCAUCCUGAGCUGCACCUCUUCCUCCAGCACGUUGUAGGUUUUGACAGUGUGGACGACGAGUCCAAACCCGAGCAGCACAUCUUCAACCUGGACAGUCCGCUGCCAGACGGCUGGACAGAGGAGGAGAACCCGCCCUACUCCUACUACCUCUACUACAUGUACGCCAACAUGAGCGUGCUCAAUCACCUGCGCAGGCAGCGGGGGUUCCACAGUCUUGUCUUGCGUCCUCAUUGUGGCGAGGCAGGCCCCAUCCAUCACCUGGUGUCUGGGUUCAUGCUGUCUGAGAACAUCUCCCACGGACUGCUGCUCAGAAAGGCUCCGGUACUGCAGUACCUGUACUAUUUGGCUCAGAUCGGCAUCGCCAUGUCUCCUCUCAGCAACAACAGUCUGUUCCUCAGCUACCAUCGGAACCCUCUGCCCGAGUACCUGUCCAGGGGACUGGUGGUCUCCCUGUCUACGGACGACCCCUUGCAGUUCCACUUCACCAAGGAGCCCUUGAUGGAGGAGUACAGUAUCGCCGCUCAGGUGUGGAAGCUGAGCUCGUGUGACAUGUGUGAGCUGGCCAGGAACAGCGUGCUGAUGAGUGGCUUCUCCCAUAAGGUGAAGAGCUACUGGCUGGGGCCGGACUACGUCAAGGAAGGGCAGGAGAGCAACGACAUCAGGCGCACCAACGUUCCUGACAUCCGAGUGGCGUACCGCUACGAGACCAUGUGUGAGGAGCUCAAUUUGAUCACGCAGGCCAUCCGUACGGACGAGCUGGACACCAUCGUGGAAGAAUCUGCACAAACGCAGCUAUAAGGCAACCUGACUGUACCCAAUUCCCCUGCAUGGCAACUGGGCACAUUUUCUACAAAUAUGAGUACAAAUGGUCCAACGGCACUGUGGCCGUUUCAGAGGUUCCCGUCUGUGAGUUGUGAAGUCUAUGAUCUUCAAUGUGUGUACGUCCUCCUGGCCUUUCCGUGCUGAUUCCCUUGUAGACCUUAUCGCCAACGCUAGACCCUGGUCUUGAUGUUUCCUUGCUGCCUCAGCAGCGGCUGCGUGGGGGCGCCCCAAGCUGCUCCUGACAGCGUCUCGUCACGCUCUCCUUCGUCUGCUGAUGGUGAAGAUGAUGAUGAUGAUGAUGAUGAUACCGUACGUUGCUGCAGUGACACCCUCUGCACAAAGCGCAACCACUGCCAAAGGUCAUCAGCACAUCAACCCCAGAACUUCCUUCAAAGUUCCUUUGGACCAUUCUGGAAGCUUCAAGUUGCAGUUGAAGCCACGUUUGUCUUCUCCCGGGUGAUCAUGUAUGAAGUUUGUGUCGUAUGAUUUGAUGCUGUCUGUGUUUCUGGAAAAAUACUUGUUCACGUUCAAGUGGUGUAUCAAUAUUUCACAACGUGAAAGUAACCUAUUACAUUUCAUUGCCUUACUGUUAUUUACUUUGGUGUGUGUGUUUGUACUUCAAUUCUUUUAAGCGUAAAGGAAAACUGCAUUUUGCCCAUCCUCAACAAUCCUCAUGUGGACAUCAACACGUCUUUCUCUUCUUCUUUCUUCUUCUUUCUUCUUCUUUCUCUUCUCUCUCUUCUCUGAGUGUUCUCAGAUUUUUAUUCACGUUCAUUCAAUUCACGUACCCCUGAGGGUACACGUUCGACACUUUGGGAACCACUGGCCUACAGCGUUCUACAACAUCGUAUGCAAACGUUAUGCAAAUUAGACGGCGCUCUCAUCUAGCGACUUCUAGGACAGCCAAUGGCUAUUAUUCUUUUAGAAAGGUUGGCACGAGUGCAACCCGCCCACUUCCUGCCGGUCACAGAUAGCAAAACAAACCAGCCUAGUCUCCUGUCACUGCUAGCUUGUGCUGGACCACACAAGUCCUGGUCCAAAGUUCAGAUGAUUCUGGCUUAUUGGAAUAUCCGUGGGGUUUUAGGAAGUUGACGUGUUGUUCAUCAGGCCAAGCUGAAGUAGUGGCCAAUGGCCGCCACCAGGGGGUGCUCCACUCACGGCAAAGCAAGCCGUUCACACCCUCCUGUUGUUCUUUGGAGCUGGUCCAGCCGGUCCGCCUGCUGCUGGAGGACACUGGGACUCCGUAUGAGGACAAGUUUUAUGUCUGCGGGGAAGGAGAGCAGCUUUGAUGAGAAGCCUGGCCUUGGAAUGAACUUUCCGAGUACGAGUCGGAAGCGACGUGUCGGUGAGCGGAGCCGCUCAUUCUGAUGUCGCCAUGUCGUUUCUCUGCAGCUGCCCGACUUGAAGGAUGGAGACAGGAUGACGUCACCGAGUACUGGCAUCAUGUGAUCCAUUGCUGGCAAACACGGCCUCCGUUGGAGAAAGUCGACUCAAACGCUUUGCAGUCCUACGUGAGUGUCCCCCGGAUCGAAGGGGCCCAAGCCCGUCAUCAGUGAGAAGGCAAGGUCGCAAGGUCACCUGAGAGCCCCCAGCGUGGAGACACCAAGAUUCCUGAUGAAGAUGUCACUGUGCUGUUUACAGUCCAAAUUCACCAAGAGCCUAAACAAGCCAAACAACUGAUGGGAAAAGUUUCCAUUCCAUGUUUAUUUGGUCCAAUUCUUAAAAAAAUGCAUAACCACUUGUGGUUAUGUUUGUCACAAAUGAUAAGAAAUGUACAAAUGAAUAAAUGUUAAUAAACAUGCAUUUUAUCAGGGUGAAAGCAGCUACAGAACUUAUUCUGCAUGCUUAUACUUUGUGUUGGUCACUAGAUGGCAGCAGAGUGUCGUUUAAAAAAAUGGCAAACUAUACAAGCCGGACCAGGGGCGCUUCUA